GGCAAGCUGCUCAUGAUAGAGCUACACAAAAGGCAUGACCCUUCAUUCUCUGAAGAGUCCUGGUUCCUUGCCAGGGUGCAAGUCAACUCUCCAGAGGGAGACACGUACAACUUUCCUGUCUACCACUGGAUUGAUGACAGAAAGGUUUACCUCAGAGAGGCAACUGCUCUGAAAGAUUCUGAUGACAUUCAUCAUCUUAGCAGGAAGAGUAGGGAGAAGGAGCUAAACCAGAGAAAGGAGCACUAUCGCUGGGAUGUAUAUUUAGAAGGAAUACCCCACUGUGUAAAAGCACAUAGCCCUCUUUGUCUGCCCUGUGAGGUCCGUUUCUCCUUCACAACUAUUCAGAUGGGAUUCACUGGAGCCACAGGGUGA